AAUCAAUGCCUAUGUAGCUUGAUGAUUUUGCAGAGAGAUUUAGGUUCUUCCUUGCUAUGAGAAAUCAAUUGGUGCGGCCUGAUGUCUUCUAGUUUGAACAUGGAAUCAGAGCAUGGCAAAGCGACGCCACGCGGGGCAGGUCAACGUUCAAACCGACAACGACAAGAGAGCUCCAUUGCAGUAACGAGGACUACUUACCGGUGGUACGAGGACGGCACCGAUUGGUUUGGCCUUUUCUUCCAUGGCGUGUGAUGCUGGUUCCAAGACUCCAAGUCAACCAGCAGUCGCAUCGCAUUGACAGCCACGGGACUAUGAAACUGGUCGCUCGCUAUCUUCACAGCUGCGUACCGUUUCCAACACGAUCAUCUUCCGCCGGUCACCAUGGCGUCCACUUCCAUGCACCCUGCUUUUGCCAGAUUCUUGCUCAUCCUCGUUGCCACUCUGUCCCGGGCCGCGCACGCCCUGCCGGUGGCGGCGAGCUGCUUGCCCGAGGAGCGGGACGCGCUGCUGGCCUUCAAGGACGGCAUCAGCAGCGACCCAGGGGGCGUCGUGGCCUCUUGGCAGCGAGGAGGCCAAGAAGACUGCUGCCGGUGGCGAGGCAUCCGGUGCAGCAACAACACCGGGCACGUGUUGGCGCUCCGCCUCCGGAACGUGCCACCGGGACCCGAGCUCGACGAUCGCGGGUACUACGCGGGAACGGCGCUCGUCGGCCGGAUAAGCCCCUCGCUCCUCUCCCUCUCGCGUCUCCGGCACCUUGACCUUAGCCGGAACUAUCUGGAAGGCUCCCCCGACGCUGCCGGCUGCGCUCUGCCGGCGUUCUUGGGCGGCCUCAGGAGCCUGCGCUACCUCAACCUGUCUGGCAUCUACUUCUCCGGCGAGGUACCCCCGCAAAUCGGCAACCUCUCGAGGCUGCACACCCUCGACCUUUCCAGCGACUUCGACGCGCGGCUCAUGCGCUCGUCUGACCUCUCGUGGCUGGAGCGGCUACCAUUGCUGCAGCACCUUAGCUUGAGCUCGGUUGAUCUGAGCAGAGCACGGGACUGGCAUCGUGCGGUGAACAUGCUCCCUGCUCUGAGAACCCUCCGCCUCUCUUCAUGCUCGCUUCCUGCCAGCGUGCAUCAGUCGAACCCUCCGCUGCUCUUCCGCAACUUCACAAACCUUGAGGAGCUCGACCUCUCCAUGAACCAGCUCGAGCACCCUGCUGCACCCUCCUGGUUCUGGAACUUGACAAGCCUCACUUCUCUCAACCUCAUGGGCACCCUGCUGUACGGUCAGCUCCCUGAUUCUCUUGACGCCAUGGUGUCCCUUGAGAUUCUUGAUUUCUCCUACAACGGGAACAUGGCCACCAUGCCAAGAAGCUUGAAGAACCUCUGCAAUCUGAGGUACCUGGAUCUUGAUUCCAGCCUCGCGGAUGGUGUGGACAUUGGCGAGAUGCUGGAGAGCCUGCCGCAAAGAUGUUCAUCCAGUAGGUUGCAAGAAUUGUACCUUCCAAACAACGGUAUGAGUGGAAAUCUGCCAGAUUAUAGAAGGUUGAUGCAUCUGACAGGUUUGCGCGUUCUUGAUCUGUCUUACAACAACAUCACCGGAUACAUACCACCAUCUUUGGGGAACCUGACUACUUUGGCCACUCUUGACAUCUCUUCCAAUAACCUCACUGGAUUGAUACCAACAGGACAAGGGUAUUUUCCAAGUUUAAGUACCCUCGUGUUAUCUUCCAAUUACCUUACUGGUGACAUACCCGCAGAAAUAGGGUUCCUUGCUAGUUUAAUCACUCUAGACCUCGGUGACAACUACCUCACUGGACCUGUUCCAUCUCAGAUCAGUAUGCUUUCUAAUUUGACUUACUUGGACCUUAGUUUGAAUGCCCUUGUUGCUGUGGUCACAGAAGAGCACCUCGCCAGCUUCGUAAACUUAAAAAAGUUGGACUUAUCGCAGAAUCUCUUAGUCAAAGUAGAGGUUAAUUCAAAAUGGAAGCCUCCUUUCAGUCUGCACGAAGCAAGUUUUGCCUCCUGCUUUAUGGGUCCUCUUUUCCCUGGUUGGCUUCAGUGGCAAGUGGAACUUUUUUACCUUGAUAUCUCAAGCACGGGUAUAAACGACAGGCUUCCAGACUGGUUUAGCUCUACAUUUUCAAAGGUGGUAGAUCUGGAUAUAUCCAACAAUUCGUUAUAUGGUGAAUUGCCUGGUAAUAUGGAGGCCAUGUCACUGGUAGAAGCCUAUCUCAGCUUAAACAAACUUACUGGACACGUACCAAGGCUGCCAAGGAAUAUCACCGUCUUGGACAUCUCCAUGAACUCUUUAUCUGGACCCCUGCCUUCUCUUGGAGCUUCAAGACUGCGAGUGUUGAUUCUGUUCUCGAAUCGCAUCGUUGGUCAUCUCCCUGUAUCCAUUUGUGAAGCAAGAAGUCUGGCUAUAUUAGACUUGGCAAACAAUCUUCUCAUGGGAGAACUUCCUUCAUGCUCUGCAAUGGAAGGCGUGAGAUACCUGCUUUUAAGUAACAAUAGCUUCUCUGGCACAUUCCCACCAUUUGUACAGAGCUGCACAAGUUUGGGUUUCCUUGAUCUCGCAUGGAAUAGCUUAACCGGAACAUUGCCAAUGUGGAUUGGGAACUUGAUGCAGCUACAAUUUCUACGGUUGAGUCACAACAUGUUCACAGGGAAGAUUCCAAUUGUCAUCACAAAACUCAAGCUCCUUCAUCAUUUGAAUCUAGCUGGCAAUGAUAUUUCUGGUAGCAUCCCACGGGGUUUGUCAAAUCUAACAGCUAUGACACAAAAGGCAGGAAAGGUUGGUUCAUUUCCGUAUCAGGGGUACGCAGAUGUGGUGGGUGAAUACGGAAAUAGUUUGUCAGCGGUCACGAAGGGGCAAGAUCUUAACUAUGGUGUAGGAAUUUUGCAAAUGGUGAGCAUUGACUUAUCAUUCAACAGCUUAACUGGGAUAAUUCCAGAGGAAAUUGCUUUCCUUGAUGCACUGUUAAACAUAAACUUAUCAUGGAACCACUUGAGCGGUAAAAUUCCAGACAAUAUUGGGGCCAUAAAGUCACUUGAAUCACUGGACCUCUCAAAGAACAUGCUCUCUGGAGAAAUCCCUUCAAGCUUGUCAAGUAUAACUUACUUAAGCUUCUUGAACUUGUCUCAGAACAAUCUUACAGGAAGAAUACCACCAGGCUCACAACUUGACACCCUCUACCAGGAACACCCAUCUAUAUAUGACGGCAACAGUGGCCUUUGUGGGCCUCCUCUUCAGAAGAUUUGCUUAACAAAUGCUACAACAAAGCAAGAUGGACAAAAAAGAUCUAAGCAUGGUUUUGAGCCAAUGUCCUUCUAUUUUGGACUCGGUUUGGGACUCAUGCUGGGACUCUGGUUGGUGUUCUGCAUUCUUUUGUUCAAGAAAGCAUGGAGAAUUGCUUAUUUCCGCCUCUUUGAUAAGCUUUAUGAUCAAAUAUAUGUGCUUGUGGUUGUUAAAUGGAAUAGCCUGACCAGAGCAGGAACAGCAAAUUAAUUAUCAAAAAGCAGCCAAUGUUUGAUUACAAGUUGAAUGGAAAUCUUCAACGACCACCGCAAGCACAAAGAAUUUUGAUAAUGAUUUCUUUUGCAUGUAAAAUAAUCCCUUUACCUUUUUAGCAUGUAAAUGUAAUACUUAGCGUGGACCAAGAGCAUCAGUAUUUCUCAUUCUGCCCACAUUUGAAGUUCAGGGAAAAUUGUAUCAGAGGCACACCUCUGUUAUUUAUGCAGUAUUCCAAUUCACAUUCUAAUCAA